AAGAACGAAAGGACAUCAUUCGUAGCCUUGCAUACAAGCAACAUAGAGUCAAUUUAAAGAACUUCAAAACAAUUUUUAUUUCAAUUCGUAAAAUACGUAAAUUUUUACAAAAAACCUAAAAAUGUCUUACGCUACACUCAAGAACACUUGCAACGCCAGCGCUACAGCUGAGCAAAGCAUCAACAAACCGAACUACACACCAAGAAAGGCGCUGAAGAAGGCUUGCAAAUUGCUGCGUCGCUUCUUCCGCCCAUCCACAUCGGGCAAGGUCAUCAUCACCGCCGAAAAGCAAAGCAAAGAGGAAGAGUUGUCACCAAAAGUAACUGAGUUGUGUCGCAAAACUGAAGCAAAAUCACUCGCCGACAUGCGCACCAUUAGCAACGCAUUAAGUGCUGAAGAGUACGAGAAUCAACUGAACGAGUUAGCCGAGUUGGAAGCUGCCAUCAAAUCCAUGAGCGCCUAAGUAACAUAAAUACAAAAGCCUACACUGCUUUAUAGAAUAA